AUGCCUCAUGGCAUGGGAUAUGGUAGGGAGGGCUUGGCUGACAGUGGGGGAGGGGAGGAGGGAUGGAGGAAGGGAGGGGAGGAGGUAGAGGGAGGGGAGGAGUGGGUCAGUGACAGGUCCCAGACUGCAGUCUGGGGGCAAGCCUCAUCCAGCUGACGAGGGAAAAAGCUGUCCCCAGCAAUCACAGAGGAGAGGAGAUGAGAGGAAAUAUGCUCUAAUGAGAAAGAGAGAGAGACAGCAGAGCUGGGGCAGGCAAGUGUGCAGAGAGGAGGGAAGAGGAGUAAGAAAGGGAUAAAAACAAGGAAAUAGAAGAGGGCAUGGGAACAAGAGAGAAUACAGUUCUAUGAAAAGGAGAUGAUGUAUUAUAGAUACAUACCACGCUUCUCUGUGGAGCUGAGUCGCAUGCUGGCAUUCACUCGUCUGUAAAAAAACUGCUCUUGGCGUACCCAUGGUGAGGGCCAAUAAGGUGCAAUAGAAAGCAGCAGGUCUCAGCAGGUCAAUGAGGUACUACUGAAUCAGUGAUGUAAUGAAACCUUGGAAUACUAAUUGGCCUCAGGGAAAGAGAGAAAGUCUGAGAGAUAGAGAUAAGAAUGGAGGGAAAAGAAGAAUGUGAGAAGAGAGAACGGAGGAGUGAUAUUUGCUCGGUAUGUGAGAUAAAUGCCCUGCAGCCACACAGUCAAAUGCAGUGCAGAUGCUUCAAUAGAAGCCACAAUUGUAAACAGGAACAAUAAUGGAUUGUCUCUUGGGUUUUCUUGACACUAUUCUAAACAGAUACAUUAAUGUGUCAAUUGCUGGAGGAAGGGCAAGCAGCGAGCAGACAAAAUAAGAAAAAGCACUUGUGGUAUUUUAUGUGAACAAGGAGGCGAUUGCUUGUUGAUUUCCUCUGAACUGAAAAUGACUCUGUCUCAACAAUGAGAGAUUAAAGAGACUUGUAUCCCCUUUGAACCAGGACAGAUCACUUCAAACACUUUCUAGACGGUUUGUUGUCGGUCAUUUGAAGGGGCUCUGUUACUUUCUGCAUAACCAAUCCUCAAAACAUCAAAAUCCUCUAAAUACAAACCUAAACAAAAUGCUGCACAGUCCUAGGUAAAGGGAGAUAGCUUCAAUAUGUUGGAAACCAUGUAUUAUCCCAUAUGAAUUAAUGAUAUAUGACACAUAUGACUGACUGAUCAUUUAUAAUGAGAAAACUGUUAUUUCUCAUCAUUCUUGUCUCAAGGAUUAUAGCAACAAUGGGUAAAUAAACUUUCACUGUAGUGCCUCAUCACAUGGCAAAUAUUUGACUGAUUAUGACGCAUGUAAUUAGUUACAUCUCCCAGUCCACAAAGAACAGCAGAGUUUGGUUAAACAAAGAGAAAAGGUUACAAGAAUUCAUAUUUCAUCAGCCUGUGCAUGACUUUGAAAUCAAGCAUUAAGCGUAACCCUUCUCAGAACCGUUUGUCUUUCUCAUCUUUUGUGUCUAAUGCCAUCAGAAUUUAAUGAGUUGGUUGUCACAUUUGUCUGCAUAUACAAUACACUGUCAUUUGUCAGACAUUGGGGGCAUCAUUCACUGGAGACAGUAUAAUACAUGCUCAAGGAGAUCAGAGGAAAUAGGAUCAUUCAAUGUUAUAACAUUUAUGUGGAAAGCAUAUUUGCUACAGUUUUCAGAAGUGUAUCAAGGCUACUGUAUUAUCACGCUAACCUGAUUGCUGUGGUUUUGAUCUCUUUAGAUAACUGCGAUGGCCCUUUGGUAUCAAAUCUGCCCCAGGCCUCAUUUCAGAGUUCCUCGCAGUCCUCCAUCAGUAACAUUCCACACUUCUCCAAGCUCAACAGAAGAGAUGGUGAGUAAAGAUUAAGACCAUGCUCAACGCUGUGUAUAAGUACAUAUCCAUCAGUAAUAACCUCUUGAUGGAUUGUCAACUUCCCAUGAACGUCCUGUGCAGAGUAUGUUGCUUUAACAUUUAAUUUCCACAUGUAGCUUAAUAAACAUAAAUGAUCUGUGUAUAGCUGUAAAUUAUUUGAUCGAUGGAUUGUAAACAACAAUUGCUUGUCAUUUAAUGAUAUUGUUGUAAGCAGUUAAUUGCCAGCUGUUUCCUUUAGAGUCCGCCAUCUGCAUUUGAUCACUAAACAUCAAUGGCUUUCACUCACUUAAAUGAGAACUUGUCAAAGUAUUGAUGAACUCCAAAGGCCAACCUAAUUGUCCCACACACUCCAUACUCCUCAGUCUGGCAAGUAGUCAAUGUGAUAACAACGUAGAGUUGAUGGAGUUGUGCCUGACUUAAAAAAUGCUCUUCACUGUUUGGCCUUUAACAUAGGGGGGGGGGGGGGGGGGGGGGCUCCGUAAACAAUGCUUCCUUUGUGGCUGAGACUCACAGUCCCAGCCCACAGCAGCUAGGUAAUGAACAUCUCUGCCAAAGCUGACCUGUUUCUUCUUCUUGAUAGCUGAGUAGCUGUGGGGCUUAAACACAUCUUUAUGGAACAUAGCAUACAUUACAAUUAGGGCUACUCAAAUGAUUAAAAUAAUUAAUGAAGUUAAUGGCAUUAAUUAAUUUUUUGUUGUUGAAUUUGCUCAAAUUUGGCCCUAAAGAAAGAAAGCAGUUCAUUGAGUUACAUGCAUACUAUGCUUUGAUUGUAAGGGGAAACACACAAUUAUUUAGGCUACAUCAGAAUGUUUUAAUAGCAUUUUCACCAUAAACAACUCAAAAGUCACUGCAACAUAAAGCUAUUAAUGCUCACAAUGUUUUAAUGCUUCCAAUGUUUAAAUAGGUCUACUCCCACAUUGUCAAUGUUCUUGAAGUUUAACACUUGCACACAGCACCCCCCCCACACACACACACACACACACACACACACACACACUCUUGCUCUUUCUCUCUCUCACACACACACACACACACACAUUUACAUUUAAAAAAUGCUAUAGUUUGAUAUACACUUUACACAUUAAAAGGUACUCAGACAUAUACGGUAAUCAUGAUAUAUGGUGUUUUCGGUACUAACUACUACAGAUCAUGAGCUUUUCCCAGCCCUCAGCUACUCUCAGCCCGGGGGGGGGGGGGGGGGGGGGGGGGUCUAUUAUCAAAAUACAGUAGAUAUAUCUCACACUUUGACAAGCUUCUCAUACUGUAUACUGGUGAUGCAUAGCUUAAAGUCAGAUAAAUAUACGUUAUACACUGUAUGUAAUUUCAAGCUUUGGUAUCGGUAUCGGAAUCUCAAUGCAGUCGGAGGAUAGGCUAUUAAUCCAUCUCUGCUAGCAUGUCUGUUUCUCUGUUCAUUUCUCUGGGAGACUAGGUCCACAGGCUAAGGGUUAUCAAGACUGUGUCCAUAUUUUUGAGUAAUGGCUAUGUGUAAUAUAAUGCUGAAUACCAGACCAGAAUCAAAGCCUAUUGUUAGUUGCUUUUGUUUCAUGUUUUACUCUCAUUGUUUUUCUAAGGCACAACUACAUUAUUGAAGUCAUUAAUGGUUCACUACUAUAAAGACAAGAAAGAAAAACCCUUGGUUCUAAUUGUUUCCGAUCCGGCUCAAAGGACUGACUAGUCUAGGGGUGUCUGAAUCACCUCCAAUAAUGCUACAUUAAACUGCUUUUAGACAGGGUUUAGACAAUUGUGCAGUGCUCAUGAACACAUAGUAGAGUACAGCCAGUAAGUCGUAUGAGUUAACCCAAAUGAAAAAUUCUCUAUUAUUUCUGUCUGACUCACAGCCCUAUAGACAUAGUAACUGCCACAGUGACCAGUGACCAAACACAAUCCCACUCUCUCCCACACACUCUAUAUUCUCUCUGGCUGGAGCUUUUAGGAAAAUAAACUUUCACACUAGAGAUAACUGUCUGGACUACCCAUCUGUUUGGGGUUGUGUGUGUGUGUUUGUCUGCUCAUGCUGUGUCACACCUAGCCAUGCUAGGUCACUCUUUGCACCUUCCUGUCCUGAAAAGUUUUUUCUCUCUCUGGUCUCAGGAGUGGGAGGCUGGUCUCCCCAGGUGACAGACAGACAUCCGUGGCUGCAGCUGGACCUCAGGGACAGGAUGGAGGUGACGGCCAUCUCCACACAGGGUCGCUACGGCAGCUCAGACUGGGUCAGCGGCUACCUGCUGCUGUUCAGUGACACCGGCCUAGCCUGGAAGCAGUACCGACAAGAGGACGGGGUUGGGGUGAGUCUCCUUGCUGAUGAUUUCUGUACCAUGAAAGGCUCUGUUCUCUAUUUUAAUCCUUUAAACAUUUUUGCAGGCUGCAAAGUGUGUUCAAUAAUAUGUGAGAGCUUCAGUUCUAUAACUGUCUUCUCCAUGACAAUGCCUGGAAGAGGCGUCAGAUAAAGCUGUAUCUGACAGUAAUGUCAGACAUCCUUGGGAAGAUACAUAGCUAGCUAGUUUGCCUUCUACCUGUCAACUCAGAGGCACUACAUGCUGACUGCAAUGUUUGGGUUUGCUGAAGUGGAUUUGAGUCAGACUAAAAGUAUAAAAGAAUGACAAAAAGUCUAUGGAAGAGUGACACUGCUAAAUAAGACUCUUGGCUAAGAAACAUAUGACUCAGUGUCUGAGCUCUCUCUAUCUUCACUAUGCCAGAUAUGAGGGAGUUUUAAUCCACUCUUUCAAGUCUUUACUUAGUUUUAGCAUUGCCAUGAGGGACAGAGAAACAGUUGAUCAAGAUUCUUUGAGUCAGACCGUUUUUUGUUCAUGUGGUUUGAAAUCCUAACAAAGGAGGGCUUUUGCAGAUGCACAUACUCAUCAGGCAACUAUACCCCACGGACAAACAUACACACAUGUUCCUCUAUCACACCCUUCCAGAGUGUGGAAUAAGAAUUGUUAUUCAUGUCCACUCACAAUUUUAAAUAUUGCACUUGGCUCUCUGUCUAUUUUUUUCCCUUCAGAUUCAGUGUGUGAGCACAGAGUACAGGAAAACAUGCAACUGUAUGCCCAGUGAAAAGUCACAUUACAGGAGAAAAGAUUAGUUGACUUAUCAUGUCCAUUUUUUUGCCUCAUCAAAAUGGAUGCAGUGUCUCAACCUGGAGGUGUGAACUUUUCAUCACUCACACACUCAGAAACACAUGGAUGAAAGAACACCUUUUCUUCUUCUGUUACAGUAUGACUGAGCCCAGCUGCUGCUCAUGCAGCAGUCAUAUAGGGUAGGUCCAACUAUAGAUCAACAACACUCCUAUAUCAUGUCACUCGAAACCAAGCAGUCAUAAACCUUGCAGUAUUGUUGUUGGUGUGAGAGGUGUAGGAGCCAUUCGAUUCAGAGUAGUGGCCAUAACUGUGUUUGUGCUGACAAGCCAGCUUAGGGCUCUUUUGGCGCUGACAUUGACACAUAUCGCUCCACACCCUCAUCUCUCUUCAUCUCCUAGCCUUUGUCACUUAACGGCAGGUGAACCUUGAUUCCUCGCAGUGGAAAGUGCUGAGCGCAGGGGCUUUUUGAGUGCUUGUUGCUACACAGUUAUUACUGUCAUUGCAUGUCUUCUCCAAAGAUAUGCAUUUUAGACGCUUUCAUGCCUCAUAGGUUGUCAUCUCAAUAAUAGUUUUCAAGGGCAUAGUCUAUACUCAGAGGUACUUUGCUUGGCAGAAAUGCAUGUACUUUGUCUGUCAUGAAAGUAUUGCCAUUCAAAGAAAGGAAUGGAAGUUGCUACAAUAAUGUCAACAGCCUUGUUAAUAAAAAGAAAAGCUAUAACUUUGAGAGAGCAUCAUAUUUUUCUGAUAGAUAAACACAUUUAAAAAAUAGACCAAGGUAAUGAUGGUUAUUUUUGGUCAACCAUUACAUAGCAGUUGAAAAAUGAAAGAUUUCUAAUAAAAUGAACUCCAAUUCUCCUACGAAAGUUACAUCGUAAUUGUUUGAUGGUUAUGUAUUUGACAUUGAGAUAAGAAAGUAUUAACUUUGUCUCUAAAUGAUAACCUUAUAGCAGAGGUCAUAGGCUAUUUCUGCCUACAGUGCAUGUUUGAAAGGGUUAACACAACAUUAAUUAUGUUGCAUACCAUCAUGUUCUAAAGGUGCUGAUAACCAUAAGAAGGAACAUUUAUUUUUCAUUUAACCUUUAUUCCACCAGCAAAUCUCAUGAGGUUUGUGGUCCUAUUCUCCGAGAGACUUUGCCCUUGAUAAAGAAGCAGCGAAUGUCACUCAUUUAAACCAUUGUGUUGAAAAGGUUUCCCAGGUUCAACCCACUCUUAAUUUUCCAUGAAGGGUUUCAGUGACUCUUUUGAUGUAGGAGGGAGCACAGCACUUUUCAGAAACAUUAUUAUUUAUUUAUUUUUUGACAGGGGCAUCUUUUUCAGAGAAUGGUAUUCAUUGACAUGCUGCUGGUAAUUUUCCCCAGGUUUCCAAGAUCAAAGACAGUGAAAGGCCAGAGCAGCUACAACAUUGGCCUUGCUGCAUACAAAUGUGGAGAAAACGGAGCCUUCGAUAUAAACAGGUUGUGCUUUGUUAAAACCUAUGCUUUUUGAAGCCAUCUUUUACCUUACGUUUUAUGUCUCAUGUAUGUUUUGAACCUUGAGAAAAAGGUCACAUAAGGACAUUUGCAUACAUGAUUUGUCAUGCAAUUAUGUAGGCAUUAUAAAGGGUUUAUGGAGGCUUCAUUAAGCAUUCAAAGUGUGACCGAUAAACAGAUUAACAGACCUCCCAUUAGUGCUGAGUGCUGCUCCCAGGCUCUCAUUACCCCUGAUUGACCACAUGACCAGAUACAUCAGAUCACGUGCUCUCCCUACUUUCUGUUCAUCCCUAAUAUCCAGCUCUCAAGUUUUCCAUUACAGGGAGGCUUGAGCAGCCCACAGGCCAAUCAAUAUGGAGUCUAUUACCAUGUGAAGAUUGGGUGCAAGAGCAUGGUCUGGCGGUCAAUGUAGAUCUUCUCUGGGUCUAAUUGAUGUAGAGUCCAUGACUCAUUUAGUUGUUAAGGCACAGAACUUGGGGGUGUUGCAUUUAUUAGUGGCCAUGGAUCUUCUGCAGACCAGAUCCAUGCUGUUCUCUGCAGUGAUCCUUCCGAGGGCUUCGUUGGGAUUGUCGAGGUGAUCGGAAGAUCCAAACUGAUGCUGAGUAAUUGGCGGGAAGAAGACAAACUUAUCUCCAUGGGUUGAUAUCUCUCUUGUUUAACACAUAGCUUUAUAUUAAAGAUUGAUGAUGCUGAUGAUGAAUGAAAGUUAACUUCCAAGAAACAGAGGUUAACGGUUAGCUUGGAUUACAUUUUAAUGACUAUGUACACAAACAUUUAUACAUUUUAGAAAAAUACGAGCAUUAAUAUUAAAAAAUCCCUUUUUAGAUUUUGCUCAUUAUGUAUUCAUGAGUUUUUGUACUACAUCGUAAAUGUAUUGUAUUUUUUCUAGUGCAUAAAAAAUCCAGGAAAUGAAACAGAAUGUUGUGUUACUUAGUGCAGCUGAGGUGGGAAUUCCGUCUGCAGCUGUUUGUCCAAGGAUGUGUUCAUAAAUUGCCUCCAGUGUGUCAGAGUGCGCUCUGGGCCGUUCAUAAAUUCAAAGUGUGUCACUCUGGAGCAUUCAGAGCGCACUGGACGGUCUGGCCAAGUAGUAGGGUUGAUCCGAGCCUUCUGACCUCACAAUGUCAGUCAAGCACCAAGAAACUCCUGAGUGGCGCAGUGGUCUAAGGCACUGCAUCGCAGUGCUAACUGUGCCACUAGAGAUCCUGGUUCGAAUCCAGGCUCUGUCGCAGCCGGCCGCGACCGGGAGACUCAUGGGCGGCGCACAAUUGGCCCAGCGUUGUCCAGGGUAGGGGAGGGAAUGGCCGGCAGGGAUGUAGCUCAGUUGAUAGAGCAUGGCGUUUGCAACGCCAGGGUUGUGGGUUCGAUUCCCACGGGGGGCCAGUAUAAAAAAUAAAUAAAUGUAUUCACUAACUGUAAGUCGCUCUGGAUAAGAGCGUCUGCUAAAUGACUAAAAUGUAAAUGUAAAUGAAACUGGCUAAAGUUGGCUAGCUUACUAGUUACUUCCAGAAACAAAUGAGAGAACACCUAACUCUGACCAUUUUACUCGUCCUAGCAGAGCUGGUUAGACUGUUUUCAUGUUAUCAAAAGGGUUAGUGACUGUAACUGUGCUGCUGGCGACUAUUUAAUUAUGUUUUUUGCCGACGUUUACUGACACCUGUCAUAUUCAACGGGUAUUGGGCGUUCAUAAAUCCAUAAAUUAUUCUGCGCUCUGGCACACUCAAAUCGGAGUAGAUAGCCAGAAUGACUUUACGAACACACCCCAAAUCAACAUCUGGCAAGUAUUUGUGAAGUAGUAGACUUCACAAGUAGCUCAGCUGGUAGAGCACGGCGCUGUAACGCCAAGGGUAGUGGGUUUCGAUCCCCGGCCACCCAUACACAAAAAAGUAGCACGCUGACUGUAAGUCGCUUUGGAUAAAAGCGUCUGCUAAAUGGCAUAUUAUUAUGAUUAUAUUAUAUGAUGAUAUUGCUCCAUAUCUGGUACUUUAACUAGACCAUAAUGUCACAAACUGGCCCAUUAGCUGUCUCAAACAGGAAUUAGUUGGUCCCAUUUCACACAUGCAGAAUAUUUUUCAGCAGCAGAAUUAACAAUGAUUAUGGUCCAUAGUCUCUGCAAUGUAGUAACUUCCUAGUUUAGCUAACAACUAACUCAAAGUCUUCCUGACUUCAGAGUAUGGGAAGGCUGCAUGAUGUUGUAGGCACGAUGCAAUCGAUAAUGGGGGCUGUGCUAUUUUACUGAUUGUUUCUCCUCUGUGUCUUUCUUUCUGACUCAAACACCCGCAUGUACAACCACACACAGCCCCCCGAGUGCCCCUCCUUUCCAAUACAACUGUUGGAUUUUCAAAUCCAAACAACCUGAGGUCUCAACCCCGCAGGAAAUAUUUUUUUGGGGGAGAGAGAACCAAUCAAACAAAUGGAAUACUCCAUUUACAACAUCCAGACUAGUGUGUCACAGCUCUCCCUUGCUGUGUACCAUGUGAGUCAGCCAGGCUAGUAACUUCCCUGCAUUUUACUAGUUUUCUAGUUUUCAAAUUAUGAUGACAGUGUCACGAUCGUUGAGAGACGGGUCGGACCAAGGUGCAGCGUGAAAAACGUACAUGUUUAUUAACUCAAUAAACAUAAAACAAAACAAGAAACAACGUAAUGUGAAGUCCUCAGGCUAUACACAUACAAGCCUAAACGGAACAAGAUCCCACGACUGGUUUGGUGCGGGGAGCAGGUAAGGGCCGUACCGGACUGUGGAGCUGCACUGGAGGUCUGGAGCUUAGAGCUGGCACAACCCGUCCUGGCUGGAUGCCCACUUUCGCACGGCACGUGCGGGGCGCUGGCACAGGACGCACUGGGCUGUGAAUGCGCACUGGCGACACAGUGCGUAUCUCCGCAUACCUAGGUUCCUCAAUGAACACACGCUCCUUUUGUUGCCUGACCAGCUCCUCUCUCCGUGCCUCCACUACUUCCUUCUCCCUUUGAGCCUCCUGUAGCGCCUCCCUCUGAACGGAUAACUCCUGCUCCCUCUGAGCUAACAGCCCCUGUAACGUGGUGGCCUCCUCUCUCAGACUGCUCCAGUUCUUCUCUCUCUCUCUCUCUCGCCAAUUCUCCUCCAGUGAGGAACUCCUCCGGGAGCCCCCACGAGUUAGGGAACAGAACCUCAUCAUCGUCAUCAUCCUCCGACUCCUCCGUGUAAAACUGUUCCCAUUCCUGUUCCCAUGGUCGUAGGGACUCCAACUGGAACCCCACCGGGUGCAGUGGUCGGGGCUCUUCUCUCUUGAUUCCCGACCACCCCUCUAGCCCCCCCAAAAUGUUUUAUUGGGGUUGCCUCUCGGGCUUCCUCAGCGGUUGGUCCCGUUGUCGUUGAUCCUCUCUUGCCAGGGCUUGUACCUUCGCCCAGGGUCCUUUCCCAGCGAAUAUCUCCUCCCAUGACCACCAUUUGCCCACCUGUGACAAAGCUAUUCGCUCCUCCUCGGCACGCUGCUUGGUGGUUUUGUGGUGGGAUCUUCUAUCACGAUCGUUGAGAGACGGGUCGUACCAAGGUGCAGCGUGAAAAGCGUACAUGUUUAUUAACUCAAUAAACAUAAAACAAAACAAGACAAAACGUAACGUGAAGUCCUCAGGCUAUACACAUACAAGCCUAAACGGAACAAGAUCCCACAAUGCAACGUAGGAAAUAGGCUACCUAAGUAUGAUCCCCAAUCAGAGACAAUGAGCGAAAGCAGCCUCUGAUUGGGAAUCACACCCGGCCAAACAUAGAAAUACACAUUCUAGAUCCUAAACAUAGAUAUACAUAACAUAGAACUACAAUAGACAUUCACACCCUGACUCAACAAACAAGAGUUCCAUAGGUCAGGGCUUGACAGACAGGAAAUUGUAAUUGCUUUCACUGGGGAUCUUUUAGGAGCGUCAUCAGUUUCUCCUUAGAUCCUAAGAAAUAUGCUUUUGUUGUGUAUUAGUAGUACAUGUUUGGUUAAUGCAUCAAUUUGUUUACUUUAAUGUCUCCAUUGUUGUUGUGAGUCAAUAUUGUUUCAAUGGCUGUACUGAGGAUAGCAAGAGCUUGAGUCUGUAGAUAUCAAUAUGGGAGACAACAUCCUUUCAAAUAAAUAAAUAUUUACUUACAUAAACAGAGUAUACAAACAUCUCAUCAGAUCACAGCAUUUGUGAUUAUUAGCUCGUAUUUAAUCCAUAUCAGAGAAUGGCUAAUCAUAUAUCAGUAUUUACGAGUAUGUCUUUGUUGCAUUUUUAUCUUCAGUUUCUGAUGCUUCAGACAGAAGCGAUGCAACAUGUAGACGUACUGUGAUGAAUGAUGAAAUCAUAUUUUCUCAAAGUUUCUGUCCCAGGUGCUAUUCUGUGUUUUCUUCCUCAUUGAACAGAGUAAAUAAUAGAUUGUCUCUGAUGUUUGCCUAUGUGCAAGUGUAGCAGAGCAUCAGAGACAGUGGAAUGAAGAAGCGCUUGGCGUAACCCCCUGGGAGAACUUGGCUGCCUUUGCCUCCCCUGUAAGCCCGGUAACCAUGGCACUCAGGUGCUCUUUGUGUUUGACACAUAGCUACGUCCGCCCGGCUCAAGGGACCACACAAAGCAUCUUUCUGCAAGGGGAAGGAAUAUAAGUUCAAGCUACUGUACUGUAGCUAAAAGAAACACUGGGGCAUUCUUUUCUAAAACUGGAUACAUCUUCCUUUGUUUAAUGUACUGUUCGUAUGUUUGUUUUGCAUCGAGUGAACAGUGCUUCAAAAUAGUAGAAACUAUCCUUAGAGAGCUUUCAUAUCCUUUCAAAUGUCUACGUGACAUGAGAAGAUGUGCCAUUUGCCUAUGUUGUUACAAUAUAUUGUCUUAUAAUUUUGUUAUCCUAAAUUCUCAUAUAACAGGGGAGUGAAUAUUUUACCCUAGGGCUUGUGUGCAGUCAGCUGACGUGUGUGACAUUAGGGACCUCAUCACAGUAGAGGAAGAGUAAAGCGUCUUAAUGAAUGGGGAGGGAGGCCGUUGGUUCAGGAGUCGAUAAAGGAAUAGAAAUAAUUAAGUCACUGUGGGGUUAGUAGCUGUUUAUGUGGACAGUGACUAACCUAAAGCUCUGUGGUCCAAUGAAGAUCUUCUGUCCCCUCAGGGUUCCAGCCAAAGACUCUGGUUCACAUCUGCACAGUAAUUGGGCGGAUGUGUUGUCGCCAUUUUUUCAGAUCUGGAAUAACAAGGGUUGUUCUGGGACAGGGUUUAGUUUCCAUUGUGUGCUUUAAAAUAGAUCACUCUUAUGGGAGAACGAUGUUCCUGACAUGACGCAAGAUGACUGCUGGGGCUUUUGAAAAGCAAACUGCAAAGCUUGAGGUCACUGUCCCUGCUGAAUCACCUUUUGUACAUGUGUUUCCAAGGUUACACACACCAUGCAUUCAUCCAUUUCAGUCCAAACACCAAACAAAAAAUGUGUCUUAAGUCUGCUGUAUAUGACUCAUUUGAGAGAAAGAGAUGCCAUUCAUGAUGACGAUUUGUAUGACCUUCAAGGGCCUUGAUGUGUUUGAACUGUAAGUAUAUUGCACAGAAUGUUAUAUAAAAGGGAAACAAUCAUUGUUCCAUUACAACUCACUUUCUGUAACUGAAUAGAGUUUAACCAUGAUUCUUGUAGCCAACAGGGAGACAUGCAGAUACUGCCUCUGGGUCUUACCCAGUUCAACACAAACAUUUGGGCUUGACAGUUUGGUUUGAAUCAAUAUAAGUCAUUUCAGUGCUGAUUGCCUUCAUUUUCAAGACACAGAAAUGUUACAAAGAGAAAAUGACUGAUCAGUAUGGCAUGCCUAUGCUAUUGAUGUAAGGAUUUAAGGAAGAUUAUCUUUGACCCAAAUGACGCGAGAUAACACUGAUAAAUCUAUUCUAUUGAAUUAUUAUCUACUUUAUAGGGAAGGCAUUUUGUUGUAUGCUAUUGAUGAGAUGAUUAUGAAAUGCUAAGAUAUGUUGGACAUAAAGGGGAGAUUUUAAUAUCAAGAAAUUAGAUGGCAAUAAAAAAUAUUGCAUUUGUAUAUUACAGUCAUGGGGGGGGAUGUUGGCGGGGAGUGCCUUGAAAAAAUAUAUACUGUAUAUAAAUAAACAAAUCCUGCUAUAUAAAUCCUAAUGAAAGGGGAAACAAAAUCCAAUAUUAUGAAAGCUGACACUUGCUGUAGAAAACAGAAAAGGGAAAACAAUGAUGAAAUUGCACCAUGCAGGGUAUAGUUUAUGUUUCCAGGCCAUUCUAAUUCAAACAGAAUACUAAUGGUGGCUUCAUGCAAAUGGAAUUGUAAAUAGCUUUUGCCAUGUUGUUAUUCAUAUUGUGGUAUCAAAGUGUUUUAAUUAAGUAAAACAGUGUGCACAGAAGCCACAGUACAACAUCGCAACAUGCAGGACAGAAUCUGCAUGAUUAUGAAUUCACUGUAUGGUGUCCUUAGUCUCUAUGUAGUGACUAUGAUAUAUUUGCAUACUAUGUGGGUGUAGGCAUAGGUGUCUAAAGACCCUAUGACACAUGCGUGGAAGGUGUUGUAACUAAACACCUAUUGCACAGUUGAGAACUACCAUCUGUGGAAUGAAUGGAGAACAAAGAGAGUUUGUCCAAUUGUGUUGCCCUCAAUGUUUCCUUUGAGAAUGGAUGAAUGUUCAGUCAUGGCUUACACAUUAGAGUCAAUGAUGUGAUUAAGAUGAUAAAUAUGAUGAGUAUCUUCAUUCAAUUUGCAUUUGCAUUUUACUUUUCCACCUCUCAAGGUGCAUUUAAGGUUACUGUAGUGACGCUGCAUGAACGAUGAGAGACACUUAAUGCAUCUUAUCUAACUAUUCUGCCUGUUCUCCCCUCCUCUCUCUGUGUGUCUCCAGAGGUUUGUGGGGAACGUGAAUGCUGACAGUGUCGUCCACCACAAGUUGUCCCACUCUAUCAGAAGCCGCUUCCUGCGCUUCGUCCCGCUGGACUGGAACCCCAGUGGCUGGGUGGGACUCAGAGUGGAGGUGUAUGGCUGUGCCUACAGUGAGUGACCAGACCACCAACCUUACAGAACACGAACACGUUCAGCUAAUAUCAUAAUAACUACAGUAAAUGACCCCUUAGACACAGAACAAACUCCAUACACAUUGAGCUAAUAUGAUAAUGUUCUGGCGUAUGUGAUUCCAACACAUUUGGUAUUCACUCUGUGGGACUCCUGGACUGCGUUGGACAUUGCUCUAACAAGAGUGUGUUCAGACCUGUCCAGACACUAACACUUUCCAUUGGGGCUUGUUUAAGCAUGCAAUCUAUCAUGGGGCUGAUUGUAUCCCCAUGUUGACAGUGGAAUCCAUGAGAAAAUAGCAUUAUGCUAGCCAGUAAUGUCAUUGUAACCAUCCUGUACAUUUUCGCCCACUAUUUAAUAAGAUAUACAGUAUCUGCUAAUUGAAGAGACAUUUCCUUCUGGCAUGCCUUCCUUCAUACAAGAUCAAAGCAAAUACUGACGGAACACAAUCCUCACCAGCUAAUAGAGGCAGACAGUGACAGCCAGCCAGGCGUGCCAGUUGAGAGCCAGUCUCUGCAUGGAUAAUGCUAAACAAAUAAAGGGGAGUCACUGGGACGCCUCUCCCACACAUUCUGAAGCAGCAUUAACUGGAUCAGCCAGUGAAUUACUGCUCUGUGAAAGACAGUUAUAAUUAACCCUGAGUGAGCACUUUCAUAAUGCCAAACUGUUCCACAGCAUGAUCCCUGUAUUAAUGUUGGAUGAAUGUGUACUCUGCUAAUAAAUGCUGCAUGACAAGCACCUAAUUUCAACUUACUGUAAAAAUGAAACUCCGGAGUGCUCUAACAACAAGCAAAUAAAGAGGGGAAUAGGAAGAUCUUGAAGCCAUUGAACAGGUCAUAGUGUCACGGUUUCGGCCGAGGCUGCUCCUUCUCCUUGUUCGGGCAGGCUUCGGCGGUCGUCGUCUCCGGAGUACUAGCUGCCACCGUUCUUUGUUUUCGAUGUUUGUUUGGUUUGGUCUGUUUGGUACACCUGUUCUCGUUUAGUGUUGAUUAUGUGUCCUUUAAGUUCUUGUUGUUUCUGUCAUGUGUUUGUGUGUAGUUGUUCUUUUGUCAGCUGGAGCAGUCAGUACAUUUUUCUCUAUUUGUUUUGUUUUAUAGAGAGUCCGCACUUGUUGUGCGCGUUUGUUGCAUUCAGCUCGUUUACGCAGUGUGCGUAAUUUUCUCGUGCCUCCGGCUCUGUUUUGUAGCCGUGUCAUUUUGUCUUUACUAAAGACUUUUGGACUAAGCCUCUGUGUCCUGCGAUUGAUUCCUACACCACAUCCACGCCGUCUGACAGAACUACACACCUCUUCAUGGAAUCAGCAGGAGUAGCAGCAGCGACCGAGUCAUGGGAGGAGCGCGUCCGCGGACAGGAUGACAGAAUAGCCCAAAUCACAACCGCUCUGCAGGGAGUGAUGAAUACCCUGCAUCGACUGGAGACCAGUUGGGUACCCGCGCCUCCUCCUACCUUACCACCAUCACCGGUCAGUCCGUUCGUCCAAGCUCCGGAACCCAGUGGGAUUCGGCUCUCGCUCCCGAGGGCGUAUGAUGGCACCGCUGCCGGGUGUCAGGGUUUUCUCCUACAAGUAGAACUCUACCUAGCCACCGUACACCCGGCGCCCUCGGGACACGAGAACGUUUCCUCCCUCAUCUCCUGUCUCACCGGCAAGGCGUUGGAAUGGGCCAACGCCGAAUGGAGGAUGAUAGACGCCGCGACGAUCACCUAUGCGGAGUUCUCCCGUCGCUUCAGGGCUGUGUUCGACCAUCCACCUGAGGGGAAAGCGGCGGGAGAGCGUCUAUUCUACCUCCGACAGGGGAGGAGGAGCGCCCAGGAGUUUGCACUGGAGUUCCGGACUCUAGCGGCAGAUGCAGGGUGGAAUGAGCGGGCCCUCAUAGACCACUUCCGAUGCAGCCUACGGGAGGACGUCCGUCGUGAGUUGGCUUGCAGGGACACCACCCUUACGUUUAACCAGUUGGUGGACAUGGCCAUUCGUCUCGACACCCUGCUGGCUACCCGCGGACGUCCUGAGUGGGGGUCGUCCAUUCCACCCUCCAGCACCUCCGAGCCGAGUCCUAUGGAGCUCGGGGGUGCUGGCGCUAGAGAGGAGAGGAGAAGUCCGAAGGGGGCCACCCCCUGUACCAACUGUGGCCGUGGAGGACACACUGCGGCUAGGUGCUGGGGGGGGGGUCUCCAAGGGGACGAGACGGCAGGCCACGCACUGGGGAGUACUUCCAGGUGAGUAGGCGCCCCACUUACCCAGAGCUCUCUGUUGUGCACCUAACCAUACCUGUUUGUUUUCCACAGGUUGCACCUCGUUCCCAGCAUAAGGCGCUAGUAGAUUCAGGCGCAGCCGGGAAUUUUGUAGAUUGGAAAUUUUGUGUAGAGUUAGGGAUUCCUCUCCUUCCUGUCAACAAUCCUUUCCCUGUACAUGCUCUAGAUAGCCGUCCGUUGGGAUAGGGGUUGAUUAGGGAGGUCACAGCGCCACUUAGGAUGGGGACGCAGGAGGGUCAUGAGGAGACUAUUCAGCUAUAUCUUAUCGACUCUCCUGCGUAUCCGGUGGUGCUGGGGCCUCCCUGGUUGAUUACCCAUAAUCCCUCUAUUUCGUGGCAACAGAGGGCUCUGAAGGAGUGGUCUGCCCAGUGUGUGGGGCGAUGUCUGGGUGUUUCCGUGGGGGCGACCUCGGUGGAGAGUCCAAACCAAGUGCCCGCAAUGCACGUUCCCCCCGAGUAUGAGGAUUUAGCACUUGUGUUUAGCAAGGCGAGGGCGACGCAAUUGCCACCACAUAGACAGGGGGAUUGUGCGAUAGACCUCCAGGUAGGAGCUGCGCUUCCGCGGAGCCAUGUGUAUCCUUUGUCUCAAGAGGAGAAGAGAGCGAUGGAGACUUAUAUAGCCGAGUCUCUGAGACAGGGAUAUAUACGGCCCUCCACUUCCCCUGCGUCCUCGAGCUUCUUUUUUGUGAAGAAAAAAGAUGGGGGUUUGCGUCCGUGUAUUGAUUACCGCAGUCUCAAUCAGAUUACUGUGAAAUACAGUUAUCCACUCCCUCUGAUUGCGACUAUGACGGAGUCAUUACACGGAGCACGUUUCUUCACAAAGUUGGACCUCAGGAGCGCCUACAACUUGGUGCGCAUUAGGGAGGGAGACGAAUGGAAGACAGCAUUUAGUACCACCUCGGGUCAUUACGAGUAUCUCGUCAUGCCAUACGGGUUAAUGAAUGCUCCUUCAGUCUUCCAAUCCGUCGUAGAUGAGAUCUUCCGGGAUAUGCAGGGGCAAGGAGUGGUCGUGUACAUUGACGACAUUCUGGUGUACUCUUCUACCCGAACCGAGCAUGUUGCCCUGGUGCGCCGAGUGUUGAGGAGGUUGUUGGAGCAUGACCUAUAUGUCAAGGCAGAGAAAUGUCUGUUUUUCCAGGAGUCUGUCUCCUUUUUGGGUUAUCAGUUGUCUGCGUCAGGGGUGAAGAUGGAGGUUGACCGUGUGUCUGCCGUGCGUAAUUGGCAAACCCCAACCACCGUUAAAGAGGUGCAGCGGUUCUUGGGCUUUGCGAAUUACUACAGGAGGUUUAUCCGGGGUUUUGGACAGGUGGCAGCUCCCAUAACGUCCCUUCUUAAGGGGGGUCCGGUGCGCUUGCAGUGGUCUGCUGAGGCUGAUAGGGCUUUUGGGAGACUGAAGGACCUGUUUACUUCGGCUCCGGUGCUGGCGCAUCCGGAUCCCGCGCUACCAUUCCAGGUCGAGGUGGACGCGUCUGAGGCCGGUAUAGGGGCCGUGCUCUCGCAACGGUCUGGCACGCCACCUAAACUCCGUCCCUGUGCCUUUUACUCUAAAAAGCUCAGCCCGGCGGAGCGAAAUUAUGACGUAGGGGACAGGGAGCUGCUAGCCGCGGUACAGGCCCUAAAGGUGUGGAGCUUGGACGAACACCCUUUCCUCAUUUUGACUGACCACCGGAACCUGGAGUACAUCCGGGCAGCUAGGAGACUGAACCCUCGCCAGGCUCGGUGGAACAUGUUUCUGGCCCGGUUCGUAUUUAAGAUCACGUACAUCCCUGGGUCCCAGAACGGUAAGGCAGACGCCCUGUCCCGGCGGUAUGACACGGAGGAGAGGUCCGUUGAGCCCACACCCAUACUACCGCCGUCUUGUCUGGUGGCACCGGUGGUGUGGGAAGUCGAUUCCGAAAUCGAGCGGGCGUUGCGUACCGAUCCUAGUCCUCCCCAGUGUCCUGUGGGUCGGACGUACGUUCCGUUCGAGGUUCGGGAUCGACUUAUUUAAUGGGCUCACACGUCACCCUCCUCUGGACAUCCAGGUAUUGGCCGGACAGUGCACUGCCUUAGCACUAAAUACUGGUGGCCAACGUUAGCCAGGGAUGUGAGGGUUUAUGUUUCCUCCUGCUCGGUGUGUGCCCAGUGUAGGGCACCCAGACACCUGCCCCGGGGUAAGUUACAACCCCUGCCCGUUCCACAAUGACCCUGGUCUCACCUCUCGGUGGAUUUUGUUACAGACCUUCCCCCCUCCCAGGGGAAUACCACCAUCCUGGUCGUUGUGGAUCGGUUCUCGAAGGCCUGUCGUCUCCUUCCCAUGCCGGGUCUCCCUACUGCCCUACAGACCGCUGAGGCACUAUUCACUCACGUCUUCCGGCAUUACGGGGUACCCGAGGAUAUAGUGUCUGAUCGAGGCCCCCAGUUUACCUCUAGAGUCUGGAGAGCGUUCAUGGAGCGCUUGGGGGUCUCGGUGAGCCUUACCUCGGGGUACCACCCGGAGAGCAAUGGGCAGGUCGAACGGGUAAACCAGGAUUUGGGUAGGUUUCUGAGGUCGUAUUGCCAGGGCCAGCCGGAGGAGUGGGCGAAGUAUGUUCCCUGGGCCGAGAUGGCACAGAACUCUCUUCGCCACUCCUCCACCAAACUAACUCCUUUCCAAUGUGUAUUAGGGUACCAACCGGCUCUGGCACCUUGGCAUCAGAGCCAGAUCGAGGCCCCUGCGGUGGAUGAGUGGGUGCGGCGCUCGGAGGAGACGUGGAACGCUGCACACGUCCAUCUGCAGCGGGCCAUCCGUCGACACAAGGCGAGCGCCGAUCUCCACCGCAGUGAGGGACCGGUGUACGCACCGGGAGAUCGAGUCUGGCUCUCAACCAGAAACCUGCCCCUCCGCCUGUCCUUGCCGGAAGCUGGGUCGGCGGUUUGUGGGGCCUUUUAAAGUCCUGAGGAGGUUGAACGAGGUGUGUUACAGGUUACAACUACCUAUUGAUUAUAAGAAUAUUAACCCCUCGUUCCAUGUGUCUCUCCUCAGGCCGGUGGUAGCUGGUCCACUCCAGGACUGUGAGAUAGGAGAGACUCCUCCGCCCCCGCUGGACAUCGAGGGGGCUCCGGCGUACACAGUUCGGUCCAUCCUGGAUUCGAGACGUCGGAUGGGGGGUCUCCAAUAUCUCGUGGAGUGGGAGGGGUACGGUCCGGAGGAGCGGUGCUGGGUGCCGAGGAGAGACAUCUUAGACCCGUCUCUUCUGACUGAGUUCCAUCGUGGUCAUCCCACGCGCCCUGCUCCGCAUCCUCCUGGUCGUCCCCGAGGCCAGGGUCGGCGCACGGCUGAAGCCGCGCGUCAAGGGGGGGGUACUGUCACGGUUUCGGCCGAGGCUGCUCCUUCUCCUUGUUCGGGCAGGCUUCGGCGGUCGUCGUCUCCGGAGUACUAGCUGCCACCGUUCUUUGUUUUCGAUGUUUGUUUGGUUUAGUCUGUUUGGUACACCUGUUCUCGUUUAGUGUUGAUUAUGUGUCCUUUAAGUUCUCGUUGUUUCUGUCAUGUGUUUGUGUGUAGUUGUUCUUUUGUCAGCUGGAGCAGUCAGUACAUUUUUCUCUAUUUGUUUUGUUUUAUAGAGAGUCCGCACUUGUUGUGCGCGUUUGUUGCAUUCAGCUCGUUUACGCAGUGUGCGUAAUUUUCUCGUGCCUCCGGCUCUGUUUUGUAGCCGUGUCAUUUUGUCUUUACUAAAGACUUUUGGACUAAGCCUCUGUGUCCUGCGAUUGAUUCCUACACCACAGCCACGCCGUCUGACACACAGAUGACAAACUUGCACUUAUAGGUAAGCCCUUGGAAUCUGUAAUGGGCUCAUCAUAAUCAUUAUGGAAAUCUUGCUGAUAGGAAGGUCUGACUUUUAUACAUCCUCUAAAAUAAUUUACAGACAUGCAUAGGAUCCGGGCACAAUCAAUGAAAAAUGUUGAAGUUAGCUGUCAUUUGCUUAACUGUUGUCAGUACUGCCAAAAUUAGCAUGAUUCAAACAUAGCAUGUCUACUUUAAUUACACUAACAGACCAGCUAAAUACAUGUAGAAAUAUAUCAACAUUAGAAUGCAGAUUUCAUUUCUUAAUGUUCAAUAGUCACAAAGUAAGUCAUGCAUACACACUUACUGCACAUCUUGUUAAUGUCAAUUGAAUAGCCAUACUUUGCCUAUAGACUGAGUCACGUCCAUGUCUCUCCCUCAUCUCAUUUUGUUUUUCAUUCACUAGACUCUCAGACUUCAGAUCUAUAAAGGGUAAAAACUAUUUGAAUUCUUUUCACGGCAAAUCACGUGAACUGUUCUUACUUUUGUUCUGAGUAUUCCCCAUAAUUGCCAUAGUUCCCUAUUGUGAUUAAAAUAAUAAUAAUAUGCCAUUUAGCAGACGCUUUUAUCCAAAGCGGGUGGUCCCGGGGAUCGAACUCACUACCUUGGCGUUACAAGCGCCGUGCUCUACCAGCUGAGCUACAGAGGACCAUGAUUGAUAGCAUGGUUAUGCAUAUCCAGCUCAUAUCAGCUAAAUUAUUAGCAUUUAUAUAUUGGCAUAUCCAUAUGGGUAAAAACCUUGAGUUUAAAUUAAGCUUGGCCUUCUAUAUCCCACAGUGAAUUCCACUGACUCCAUUAUACAAGUACAGUGCAUUCGGAAAGUAUUCAGAUGCCUAGAUGUUUUCCUCAUUUUCUUACGUUAAAGCCUUAUUCUAAAAUUGAUACAAUUGUUUUUUUCCCUCAUCACUCUACACACAAUACCCCAUAAUGACAAAGCAAAAACAGAUUUGUAGGAAUUUUUGCAAAUGUAUUAAAAAUAAAAAAUGGAAAUAUUACAUUUACAGUAAGUAAAUUCAGACCCUUUACUCAAUACUUUGUUGAAGCACCUUUGGCAGCGAUUACAGCCUAGAGUCUUCUUGGGUAUGACGCUACAAGCUUGGCACACCUGUAUUUUGGGAGUUUCUCCCAUUCUUCUCUGCAGAUCCUCUCAAGCUCUGUCAGGUUGUCCUGAAGCCACUCCUGCAUUGUCUUGGCUGUGUGCUUAGGGUCGUUGUCCUGUUGGAAGGUGAACCUUCACCCCAGUCUGAGGUCCUGAGCGCUCUGGAGCAGGUUUUCAUCAAGGAUCUCUCUGUACUUUGCUCCGUUCAUCUUUCCCUCGAUUUUGACUAGUCUCUCCAUCCCUGCCGCUGAAAAACAUCCCCACAGCAUGAUGCUGCUUACCGCCAUGCUUCACCGUAGGGAUGGUGCCAGGUUUCCUCCAGACGUGACGCUUGGCAUUCAGACCAAUGAGUUCAAUCUUGAUUUCAUCAGACCAGAGGAUCUUGUUUCUCAUGGUCUGAGAGUCCUUUAGGUGCCUUUUGGCAAACUCCAAGCGGGCUGUCAUUUUACUGAGGAGUGGCUUCCGUCUGGCCACUUUACGAUAAAGGCCUGAUUGGUGGAAUGCUGCAGAGAUGGUUGUCCUUCUGGAAGGUUCUCCCAUCUCCAUAGAGGAACUCUUGAGUUCUGUCAGAGUGACCAUUUGGUUCUUGGUCACCUCCCUGACCAAGGCCAUUCUCCCCCGAUUGCUCAGUUUGGCCGGGCAGCCAGCUCUAGGAAGAGGCUUGGUGGUUCCAAACUUUUUCCAUUUAAGAGUGAUGGAGGCCACUGUGUUCUUGGGGACCUUCAAUGCUGCAGAAAUGUUUUGGUACCCUUCCCCAGAUCUGUGCCUUGACACAAUCCUGUCUCGGAGCUCUACGGACAAUUCCUUCGACUUUAUGGCUUGGUUUUUGCUCUGACAUGCACUGUCAACUGUGGGACCUUACAUAGACAGGUGUGUGCCUUUCUAAAUCAUGUCCAAUCCAUUUAAUUGACCACAGGUGGACUCCAAUCAAAUUGUAGACACAUCUCAAGGAUGAUCAAUGGAAACAGGAUGCACCUGAGCUCAAUUUCGAGUCUCAUAGCAAAGGGUCUGAAUACUUAUGUAAAUAAGGUAUUUCUGUUUUUUAUUUGUAAUACAGUUGCAAACAUUUCUAAAACCCAGUUUUUGCUUCGUCAUUAUAUGGUAUUUUGUGUAGAUUGAUUAUUUUUUAUUUAAUUUAAUCAAUUGUAGUAUAAGGCUGUAAUGUAACAAAAUGUGGAAAAAGGGAAGGGGUCUGAAUACUUAUAUAUAUAUAUAUUCCGGACUAAUUUCUUUCUUUUUAACUUUUUGGAUAAUGUGUGUAUUGUUUAAUAUUGCUAGGUAUUACUGCAAUGUUGGAGCUAGAAAUGCAAGCAUUUCGCUGCACCUGAGAUAACAUCUGCAAAUCUGUGUACGCGACCAAUAAACAUAGAUUUUUAUUUUAAUUUUUACUCAUUAAAUUGAGCAAACCAUUUUAAGAGGUAGGGGAAUUCUAGAAUUGUGUUUGUGUGGUUAUGAAUGUGUUAAACAUUCUUUAAAUACACAAUAGCUCCAAACACUAUUUGCAUAGUCAUGUCUUUGAUACAAUGUAAUGUAAACGCUAUGCCCAAACGUCAAGUUUUCUCCUACUCAUUGCUGAUUCGCUUGUUUCUCUAGGCACAUCAACCUCCCUCUGUUCUGUGUUGGAAUAGCAGGUGCAUGUUAGAGAUUGCAUUAUUUAUUCAGACAGCUUUACCUACACAAACUGAAUCCCAUCAGAAAAUAUAAUGUAUUCAGACUUUAAAAACAGGAAUUCAACAUUUCUCCUGCUGCUGAAGCUCACUACAGUAUAUUUUCAGUUCAGGCCCAUCCACAUGAACUGAGCAUGGAGCAGAGGCACAGUGUUAGAUAAUGUAUUAGACAGAGCUAGAGAGUUGUGAUAAAAGUACCUCAGAAUAAAUAGAAAACGUUUGACAUCAGAAUUUGUGGUGAAAAGUCAAUUCUGUUGAAAGAAAUGGAACUUGCCAAUUCAAUUCCUCUCAAAAGUAGUGGCAACAGAAUACUCACAGCUCAGACAUGACACAGAGUGCUAUCAUUGGGAACAUUUUCUAAAAUGUAAUGAUUAUUUGAUCUUCUCUCAAUCCUCAUCUAGAAUCGUACGUGGCAGACUUUGAUGGCAGAAGCUCCCUGCUCUACCGGUUUAACCAGAAGUCCAUGAGCACAGUGAAGGAUGUGAUCUCGCUGCGCUUCAAGAGCCGCCAGGCUGAGGGGGUGCUGCUCCACGGAGAGGGUCAGAGGGGCGACUACAUCACUCUGGAGCUGCACCGGGGCAGGCUGGCCCUCUACCUCAACCUGGGUGAGUUUGUCACACCGGGGCAUGCUGUCUCUCUACCUCAACCU